GCUUGCGGGACUGGGCGGGGAGAGGGACGUUCUCGAGAGCUCAACCGGCUGCCUAAAGGCGGUAGUUUCCCGUGCUGCACGCAGGCAUGCUACUUCAUUCGCAGACAACUGUGAGGCUAGAGGAUAGUCAGACCCAGGCCCCUGGCUCCCAGUGUGGAAGGGAAGACAUAGGUCACAUUGGCAAUGUUUGUAGGAUAUUGGGCUGUAGGCAUCCGGUUGAGAGGUUCCAGGUCCCACAGAAGGUGAGGUGGGUGACCCAUGAGUAUCCCUGAACUGAGUGAAGAGUAAAUGAUGCAUAGAAAGUUUAGAUAAGGGAGGAGAAAGUGUUCCAGGUAGAGCGAAUGCAGAAGCCAGGAAGGAGGUGAGAUCAUAGCGUGUGUUUGGAAAUAGAAAGAAUAGGCCUGAGUGGGUGGGAGAGAGGGGAAUGCUGGACAAGAGGACUUGGGCUUGGGGGGCAUGAGGAGGUCACCAUUUGUACUACACCAAAUACAGAUGUCCACUGAGGGGCCCAUUGCCACUCCCCUUCCCAGGUCCCUGAAGACUUCAUCUCCCGAGAGCUGUUUGACACAGUCCAAGUGUACAUCAUCACCAAGCCAGAGCUGCAGAAUAAGCUUAUCACUGUCCAUGGAAAAGAAGCUGAUCGGCUGUCCUGUGUGCAUCGAACACAAGAAGUACAGCCGCAAUGCCCUCCUCUUCAACCUGGGCUUCGUGUGUGAUGCCCAGGCCAAGACCUGCGCCCUCGAGCCCAUCGUUAAAAAGCUGGCUGGCUAUCUGACCACACUAGAGCUAGAGAGCAGCUUCGUGUCCACGGAGGAGAGCAAGCAGAAGUUGGUGCCCAUCAUGACCAUCUUGCUGGAGGAGCUAAAUGCCUCGGGCCGGUGCACUCUGCCCAUUGAUGAGUCCAACACCAUCCACUUGAAGGUGAUUGAGCAGCGGCCAGACCCUCCGGUGGCCCAGGAGUAUGAUGUACCUGUCUUUACCAAAGACAAGGAGGAUUUCUUCAACUCACAGUGGGACCUCACUACACAACAAAUCCUGCCCUACAUUGAUGGGUUCCGCCACGUCCAGAAGAUUUCAGCAGAGGCAGACGUGGAGCUCAACCUGGUGCGCAUUGCUAUCCAGAACCUGCUGUACUAUGGCGUUGUGACACUGGUGUCCAUCCUCCAGUACUCCAAUGUAUACUGCCCAACGCCCAAGGUCCAGGACCUGGUAGAUGACAAGUCCCUGCAGGAGGCAUGUCUAUCCUACGUGACCAAGCAAGGGCACAAGAGGGCCAGUCUCCGGGAUGUGUUCCAGCUAUACUGCAGCCUGAGCCCUGGCACUACCGUGCGAGACCUCAUUGGCCGCCACCCCCAGCAGCUGCAGCACGUUGAUGAACGGAAGCUGAUCCAGUUCGGGCUUAUGAAGAACCUCAUCAGGCGACUACAGAAGUAUCCUGUGCGGGUGUCUCGGGAAGAGCAGAGCCACCCUGCCCGGCUUUAUACAGGCUGCCACAGCUAUGACGAGAUCUGCUGCAAGACAGGCAUGAGCUACCAUGAGUUGGAUGAGCGGCUCGAAAAUGACCCCAACAUCAUCAUCUGCUGGAAGUGAGACUGGUGGUGGCUGGAUGGACACAUUGCUGUGGGUAGUCCCUCCUACCAGGAGGCUUGUCAUACUGUCUAGAGCUUGACUCUUAGUUCUGUAAAUAAAGACAUCCAUUUCAAAUAGCC